AUGAAUUUAAGUGCUUAUCAAUAUACAUAAAAAUGGUGACGACAGACCACCCAAUCUCUUGGCCCUAUUUCUUCAGCAACAGCAGGCAGCGGCCCAGUGUUGGGGGGAUUUAGGUGGAAAGGGGUCGUUAAUAUUUUAUUUUAUUUAUGCCGGGUUUGGUUUACCCCACUGGAAGCUGAUCCCUAGAAUCUUGAGGUUUCUCUCAGACUCUCAUUGGAAUGGAUAGGGCCAGCAGCAGCUAUGAGAUGAAGCAGAUUCCUCGAAGAGGUUACAUCUAUCUAACGAAUAACUGGGAGUUUCAACCUAGGUGAUGGGCCCUUAGGCUCCAGGAGUAAUGGAAGACUGCAAUGUGUGCGAUUCCCUUGCCUGUGGAGGCGAGGAGGGUGACUGCCUGUGCCCCGUAGAUGACGAAGAGCAUGCAGGGCUGAGAAUCCCCAGCCCUGUCAAGGACAACAUAUAUAACUAACUAAUUAAAUACUAACUACACAAUGUAAAAUGGAGUUAUGGGUUAGGACAACAGUCUUACAGCCGUGCUCAGUAAGAGAAGUCCAUGACUUCUUGAGGGUCUGACUUCAAGAGAAUGAUCCACAUUGAGGUUAGUAAAGAUAAGAGGUCUAAAGGACUUGGGAGCAUUGGCAGUUUAACAGCUAGAUCUGCCUUACCUACCGUUAUUCAGAGCUGUCAAUCCAAACUAAGACCGCAAGAAUCAGGACUUGAAGAAGAGUAUUUUUAUUAACAUUAACUAACUAAGUACCUAUCAAGCUUUCAGUGAUCCUGACAUCCAAGAUAAUUCUAACUCAUCCUCUUGGUUAAAGAGCAAAGCCAUUGGUAUACCCAACUUUUUGAAAAAUUAAUCCCUUUGGCCAACAAGCAAAAACUUAAUUUAAAAAUAAUAGUUUUUUAUAUAAUAUAUUUUUGAUGUUUAUUUAAAUUAUAAUAACUUUCAAAAAAAUUCAAAAUUUCUCACUAACAAAGAGGAUUAAAGUGUAUUCUGUAUCUGGGACUUCUAAUCAAUUGAAAUCUACAAAUGAAGACCUGAACUGAGAUAUAAAAGAAGUCCAAAACUCUUUUAAAAAAUUAUGCAAAUCUUUGGUCAAUGUCCAAAGAGAUCUAUGUGUAAUAGAUGAGCUCUCACAUAUUUUAGAACUUCUGCACGAUUCUAUUGAAAAGCUUAAAAUUGAAUGCUAUAGAGUUGGCGCUAUUUCAAAAUCAACAAAAAUCCAAAUUCCUUCCUCAGCUAAUUUAUCAGCUAAAUUUUCUCUACAACAAAUAUCUCUUGCUUUAAAAACCCUUCACGCUUUAGUUACAAGCUUGGCAUCCUUCAUUGAAAAAUAUAAGAGCGAGCCUUUCAACCUUUUUUGCUAUCUGAAUAUGAAUAGAAUAGGGAAAUCAGAAAGACUUUUAAAACAAGCUCAUGAAAAAAUUAAAUCAUUGGAAAAAUUUUCGUAUCUUUUGAGAUUUCAUAGCAUUGGGCUAAUUUUUGUGAUUGCAGUAAGAUGGGUCAGAAAAUUCAGAGGGAUUAAAUUAAGAAUAAAUGAAACUAUGAAUUUUGAAGAAGAUGGAAUUUUCAGGUACAAACGAAAUUUGCCUAAUAUUAAUGUGAGUAAUAUAGAUGAAUCUGUUCAGGAAGCCUUAUUUACAAAAACUAAUGAAGAUAGGCCUCAAACACUGUGGCCAGUGUCACCUAUAACCUCAUUUGUAUUAGAUGUAUCAUUAAAUUCUAGCGUUGGAUCAUUUGUAUCAAAUUUGCCAAAAACUGUGUUUACACCUGACAAUUUUUCUGUGAGGCCGAAAAAGAGCAAUGAGUCCCAGAAGAAAAAGAAAGGCAAAUAA